UGCGGGCUAAAGAUUUCACAAGAAACACAUGACGACAAGAAACGACGGCGGAGCGCAAAUAAAGUGACACUUUCUACUUCAGGUAGCUUUACAAAGAUUUGUUAUCCCGUGCGAAUUAAUAUUACAGACGUCCUAAGUUAGUGUUGAUCGUUUCGUUUUCUGAAGAGGAUACACCCAAAAACCUUUAAACUUCAACUCUCAUACAUAUAAGCAAACAGUUCAACUCCGUUUCGGUUUACUUAGGAUGGAUGCAUGUACAAUGAUUGCAGCUGGUGCAGGAGCAGUCGUGACGGUAGUUGCAGCUCCUGCUGUUCUGACGGCGGCGGGGUUCACUGCGGGUGGAAUCGCUGCAGGGUCCAUCGCCUCGUCUUUGAUGUCAGCUGCCGCUGUGGCAAACGGAGGAGGGAUCGCGGCUGGAUCCGUGGUGGCAGUUCUUCAAGCCGCUGGUGCGGCUGGAAUCCCCGUUGCAGCUCAGGCUGUCAUCGGUGCUUUAGGCGGCGCGGUGGGUGCCGCCGUGGGUGGACCAUUGAUAUGUAGCGCAGGAGCCACAGGUGCUGUCACAAGCGGAGGUGUCAUGGGCACUGUGGGAACUGCUGUGACCUCAGUUGCCAGGUUAAUUGGCAACUGCACUGCGUAAAUGCCCCAAAAGCCCUUCAGAAAAUGUAAGGAUUCAUAAAGUCAAACACGGCAUUUAUCUAAUCUACAACCACAAACAUGGGCGCUAUUAAACCUUAUUUGAUAUGAUAUUAAUAAUCAUCAUCAGUAUCUUUUUCUUCUGCUGUAGAUUCUAGUCUAGCUUUCUACUUUAAACUUAAUGUUUAACUUAAUACACCACAUAAACUGUUUGCUCCUAUGAAAUAUUGCUUGUGAUAUUUGUAUAAAUAUGUCUGCUAAAUAUAUUCAUAUUUAAUAUAUUUUUUAAUAUCUGUAUUGGAUAUUUGCUAAAUGGGUAAAUGUCUUGCUAACAUUGUCCAUAUCUUUGGGGGAAAACCUGUAACAUAUGCUCCCCGUUUUCUAUUCUAGACUAAAUUGUAAGUCUGAGCUGUUUCAAGUAAAAUAAACUUGCGCUGAUUGAUCUUAAAACA